GAAAGAAGCAAGUUUUGCGAGAAGCACAGAAGGAGAGAGCUGGCAGUACAAUGACAGUUUUCCUUUCCUUUGCUUUCCUCGCUGCCAUUCUGACUCACAUAGGGUGCAGCAACCAGCGCCGAGGUCCAGAAAACGGUGGGAGAAGAUAUAACCGGAUUCAACAUGGGCAGUGUGCCUACACUUUCAUUCUUCCAGAACACGACGGGAAUUGUCGUGAGAGUGCGACAGACCAGUACAGCACAAACGCUCUGCAGAGAGAUGCUCCACACGUGGAACCGGAUUUCUCUUCCCAGAAACUUCAACAUCUGGAGCAUGUGAUGGAAAAUUAUACUCAGUGGCUGCAAAAAAUUGAGAAUUACAUUGUGGAAAAUAUGAAGUCGGAGAUGGCCCAGAUACAGCAGAAUGCAGUCCAGAACCACACAGCCACCAUGCUUGAGAUAGGAACCAGCCUUCUCUCUCAGACUGCAGAACAGACCAGAAAGCUGACAGAUGUUGAGACCCAGGUACUAAACCAAACUUCUCGACUUGAAAUACAACUGCUAGAGAAUUCAUUAUCCACAUACAAGCUAGAGAAGCAGCUUCUUCAACAGACAAAUGAAAUCCUAAAGAUUCAUGAGAAAAACAGUUUAUUAGAACAUAAAAUCUUAGAAAUGGAGGGAAAGCACAAGGAAGAGUUGGACACCUUGAAAGAAGAGAGAGAGAAUCUUCAAGUCUUGGUUACUCGCCAAACAUACAUUAUCCAGGAACUGGAGAAACAACUGAACAGAGCCACCAGCAAUAACAGUGUCCUUCAGAAGCAGCAGCUGGAGCUGAUGGACACUGUGCACAACCUUGUCAGCCUUUGCGCUAAAGAAGGUGUUUUACUAAAGGGAGGAAAAAAAGAGGAAGAGAAACCAUUUAGAGACUGUGCAGAUGUAUAUCAAGCUGGUUUUAAUAAAAGUGGAAUCUACACUAUUUAUAUUAAUAAUAUGCCAGAGCCCAAAAAGGUAUUUUGCAAUAUGGAUCUUAAUGGGGGCGGUUGGACUGUAAUACAACAUCGUGAAGAUGGAAGUCUGGAUUUCCAAAGAGGUUGGAAAGAAUAUAAAAUGGGUUUUGGAAAUCCCUCUGGCGAGUACUGGCUGGGGAAUGAGUUUAUUUUUGCCAUAACCAGCCAGAGGCAGUACACACUGAGAAUCGAGCUGAUGGACUGGGAGGGAAACCGAGCCUACUCGCAAUAUGACCGGUUCCACAUAGGAAAUGAAAAGCAGAACUACAGGUUGUAUUUAAAGGGUCACACUGGGACAGCAGGAAAACAGAGCAGCCUGAUCUUGCACGGUGCUGAUUUCAGCACUAAAGAUGCAGAUAAUGACAACUGUAUGUGCAAAUGUGCCCUCAUGCUAACAGGAGGCUGGUGGUUUGAUGCUUGCGGCCCAUCCAAUCUAAAUGGAAUGUUCUAUACUGCUGGACAAAACCAUGGAAAACUGAAUGGGAUAAAGUGGCACUACUUCAAAGGGCCCAGUUACUCCUUACGUUCCACGACUAUGAUGAUUCGACCUUUGGACUUUUGAAGGCAAAAUGUGGAAAACAGUCAUAAAAGCAACAAAGAAAUCUGAGGAAGCUACCAGACAAGAAACUGCGUGAAAACCUUUGAAGCAAACAAUACUGUCUCCCUUCCAGCCACAGUGGCAUUGAUGUGAAGUCACCAAGGUUCAUGACUGCGGAUUUGGAGCCCUUAGAGUUCACAAAAGUCUCUAGAUGGGAUUAAUCAUGUUCAUAAGGCUUGACUAUGGAGAAUGCCACUCACCGUCAUGUUUUAAAAAGGGAAGAAACUCCUCAGUUCACUGUGCUUCAAACUACUACUGGAUCUUGUUUUUAGAACUAUGGUAGCCAGAUGAUAAAUAUGGUUAAUUUUAUAUAAAAACUGAAGAAGA